AUGGCGAACCCAGAGUGGGGGAAUCAAACGGUUCUCAUGGAAUUCAUCCUGCUGGGAUUUGGGAAUCUCCCUGAGCUACAAACUCUUCUCUUCCUGCUGUUUCUUGUCAUCUACAUCGCGACCGUGGCUGGGAAUGUCCUGAUCAUUGCACUAGUUGUGGCUGAUCAGCAGCUUCACAUCCCCAUGUACUUCUUCCUGGGGAACUUGUCCUGCUUGGAGACCUGCUACAUCACCACCAUUCUGCCCAGGAUGCUGGCCUCUCUCCUGACUGGGGACGGGACUAUUUCAUUCAGUGGGUGUAUCACACAAUAUUAUUUCUUUGGUUCUCUGGUUGCCACAGAAUGCCUUCUCCUGUCGGUGAUGUCUUACGAUCGGUAUUUAGCAAUAUGCAACCCACUGCACUAUGCAGCCCGUAUGAGUAGCAGGGCCUCCCUCCAGCUUGCUGGUGGCUCUUGGGUAGGUGGCUUGCUAGUUAAUAGCAUAACAACAUUGUCGAUAUCACAGUUAACAUUCUGUGGCCCCAACGUUAUUGAUCAUUUCUUUUGCGAUUUUAUCCCCCUUGUAAAGCUCUCAUGCAAUGAACCUCACCUGCUGGAAACGUUGGCUUUCACAAUCACCUUCCUUUUCUCAUUGGUUCCAUUCCUAUUUAUCUUGAUGUCCUACAUCUGCAUCAUUGCCACCAUCCUGAGAAUCCCGUCCACCACUGGGAGGCAAAAGACCUUUUCCACCUGCUCCUCCCACCUCAUCGUGGUGAGCAUUUAUUAUGCAACUCUGCUGAUUGUCUAUAUGUUCCCAAGCACUGACAUCCUGAGCAACUUCAAGAAAGUUCUCUCUGUCGUCUACACAGUCCUGACUCCCCUGGUCAAUCCCCUCAUCUACAGCCUGAGAAACAAAGAGGUCCAGGAGGCCCUGAGCAAAGCUUGUAGAAAAUUCAUGUUUGUAUCAUGGACAUUUUCAGAAACAAUUAAGCAAACUUCAAAAGUAACAUAG